AUGCAAAGAUUUAUUGAUGAUCUUUUAGUGAAGAGAGAAACAUGUCCUAUAGAUAAUGAAUACGAUGGAGAAAAAAUGGGAGCUAGAAUCUCGGCCGUUUUUGUUAUUCUUGUGAGUUCAGCAUUUGGCUCAUUUUUUCCAAUCUUAUCGUCGAAGUAUUCAUUUAUCCGUAUGCCACCAUGGUGUUUUUUUAUCGCCAAGUACUUUGGAUCAGGUGUCAUUGUGGCCACGGGCUUUAUCCACUUGUUGGAGCCUGCCAGUGAUUCUUUAGGAGAAGAAUGUCUCGGUGGAACGUUUGUGGAAUACCCAUGGGCAUUUGGUAUUGCGUUGAUGUCGUUGUUUGCUAUGUUUUUUAUUGAGUUGAUUUCGUUCCAUUACAUUGACUUGAAGAUUGAAAAAGAAUCUGCAGAGGGCCACUCACAUUCACAUUUCGGCUCCUCAGAUAUUUAUCUUAAGAAAGACGAAUCAGACGAUGAUGACAGACUGGAAACCAAACCUACCCCACAAAUUAAUCCAUACCCUCAACACUUUCAGCAUGCUGCCGAACACCAAGACCCAGAAGUUCUUGGGACUCCAGUUGAAGAUGUGAACAAAGAACAUUAUUAUGGCCAGUUAGUAUCCGUUUUCGUAUUAGAAUUUGGUAUUCUUUUCCAUUCUGCAUUUGUUGGGUUAUCCUUGGCUGUCGCAGGUGAGGAGUUUGUCUCAUUAUAUAUUGUGUUGGUUUUCCACCAAAUGUUCGAAGGUUUAGGUUUAGGUUCAAGAAUUGCCACGAUCGAAUGGCCAAAGAGAAGAAGAUGGACCCCAUGGAUCUUGGCUCUCUGUUACACCUUAUCCACCCCAAUUGCCAUCGCUAUUGGGCUUGGUGUAAGAACUUCAUAUCCACCUGGAUCUAGAAAAGCAUUGAUUACUAACGGUGUCUGUGAUGCCAUUGCUGCUGGUAUUUUAUUCUACAGUGGUAUCGUUGAAUUGAUGGCACACGAAUUCUUAUAUUCCAAUCAAUUCAAAGGUCCUAAGGGCUUCAGAAACAUUAUGGCCGCAUUUGUGGUCAUGUGUCUUGGUGCUGGUUUAAUGGCAUUGUUAGGAAAAUGGGCUUAA